UGGUUUGUUCCAGCUCUCAAUGGGUUAAUUGGAGUGGCCGACCUGCUCUUACAGAGACUGAGUUUACCCCAGGCCAUGAGGCUGAAUCACUGACACCUGGUGUUUGUGCUGGAGAGAAAGGCAGCACUUUAACAGAAUGAGAUUAACGAGUAAUUCAGCGGGACAGGCAGCGUCUCUGGAGAAAAGGAAUGGGUGAUGUUUCGGGUCGAGAUGCUUCAUUGGCAUGACCCGAAGCAUCACCCGUUCCUUCUCUCCAGCGAUGCUGCUUGUCCCACUGAGUUACUCCAACAUUUUGUGUCUAUCUUCGGUCUAAACCAGCAUCUGCAUUUCCUUCCCACAGGUGAGAUCAGCUGGUUCCACUCUGCCGAGCUAUCCUUUGUUAUUUUAUCAGGCACACUCAAUGCUCUCGGGAUUGCAAUUCACGACCAGUAAAUGUCUCUGAGUGUAAUGCUCAUUCAGUCUCACGCGGCAUCUCACUGUAAAGUGGCUCGGAAUAAUCUCAGAGCCCACCAGCUUCCCCAGGGGGCACUGCCAACCUUGGUUUGCAUGGUGGAUCAGCUUUGCUGUUGCACUCAAAAGAUAGACACAAAAAGCUGGAGUAACUAGGGCAGCACGGUGGCGCAGCGGGUAGAGUUGCUACCUUACAGCGCUUACAGAGGCAGUGACCCGGGUUCGAUCCUGACUACGGGUGUUCCCUGUACUGAGUUGGCACGUUCUCCCUGUGACUGCGUGGGUUUUCUCCAGGUUCCCCCACACUCCAAAGACAUGCAGGUUGGCGGGUUAAUCGGGGUUAAAAAAAAAUUGUACAAAAAUAAAAUAAAUUGUACAUCGUAGAAUACUGCACACCAGGGACAAUUUACACAAAUAGUGCACGCCAAUCGCUGGUUGGCACGGACUUGGUGGGCCGAAGGGCUUGUUUCCGCACUGUAUCUCUCGUCUAAACUUGCCCCAGGCAUCUUAGACAAUAGACAAUAGGUGCAGGAGUGGGUCAUUCGGCCCUUCAAGCCAGAACUGCCAUUCAAUGUGUUCAUGGCUGAUCAUCCCCUCUGCCUUCUCCCCAUAUCCCCUGACUCUGCUAUCUUCUUUCAACUUUGCCCCUCUUAUCUUAAGGCUGAGCCCUGAAGUCUUUGACAUUUGAAGUGGUUCUGACUCUCUGCACCUCUCAUCGACACUUCUAUUUCUAGUUAUUAGAAUAGUCAGCUACUUACUGGAGAGAGCCACGUGAUUUCACAAACCAGGGGAGAGGAGCCAUCAAUGUUAAUUUAGAUUAGGAAGUCAAGCCUUUGGGCUUUUUUCAGAACAAUUACUAAUGGAUGGAAGCCCAACCUUUGGCACAGUGCAGUUUUAUUCAUUGAGCUAGCUGGUGAGAGAUUCGUUUAAGAAGCAGAUCUGAGCCGCUAGCUGCUGAACCUCGACUGGCGUUGGAUGAAUUGGAAUCCAGUUAAAGGAAGAUUAAAAAGGCAAUGCCCUCUCACAUUGGUCUCUGAACCUGAUUAAAUGAAGGGAACUUUGAUGGUAAUCUCUCCAAUGUGUGCAUCGCUACAGACAGCACAGGCUGGGUGCGAGAAUGUGACUUGACGACAGUAGUUCCUUCAGUACCACGGAGAGGUCUGCCACCCCCUCUGGAGAGGGGACUAGAGGAAAGGCGGUCAGGGUUGUUUCUUGACCACUUUCACCAUGGGCGAGUGGACCAUACUGGAGAGGCUGCUUGAGGCAGCUGUGCAGCAACACUCUACCAUGAUCGGCAGGAUUCUGCUGACGGUGGUGGUGAUCUUCCGAAUUCUAAUAGUGGCGAUAGUCGGGGAAACAGUAUACGAGGAUGAGCAGGCCAUGUUCAUGUGCAACACUCUUCAGCCAGGCUGCAACCAGGCUUGUUACGAUAAAGCCUUCCCCAUCUCCCACAUUCGCUACUGGGUCUUUCAGAUCAUUCUGGUCUGCACGCCAAGCCUCUGCUUCAUCACAUAUUCGGUCCACCAGUCAUCCAAGCAAAAGGACAAACAGUUCUCCAAAUUCUGCCCUCUCCUGGACUGGGAUUUCACCAAAGCCCCCGCAGACCGUAAAGAGGAGAACAAGUCAAAAAGCAGCUUCAUCAAUGGGAUUCUAGGUCGCAACACAGAGGGUGCGAGGAAGUCGAUGGAAUUGGAACAUCUGGAGAACAAGAAGAUGUCUAACGCAUCGGGAUAUAUCAGUAGGAAAAGCAUGAAAGUUCGGAGGCAAGAAGGAAUAUCAAGAUUCUACAUCAUCCAAGUGGUCUUUCGGAACGCGUUGGAGAUCGGCUUCUUGGUGGGACAAUAUUUUCUCUACGGGUUUAAUGUUCCCGCAAUCUUUGAAUGUGAUAGGUAUCCUUGCGUCAAGGAGGUGGAGUGUUACGUGUCAAGGCCAACGGAGAAGACGGUGUUCCUGGUCUUCAUGUUUGCCGUCAGUGGCAUUUGCGUGGUUCUGAACCUGGCCGAGCUCAACCAUCUGGGCUGGAGGAAGAUCAAGGCCGCCAUCAAAGGUGUGCAAGCCAAGAGAAAAACAACCGUGGAGAUCGGGAAGAAGGACUCCCCUUUGUUCAAUGUCCACGGGAGGGACCCAUCCAAUGAGUCGGCAUACGUCUGAGUAAUGUGUCCUCAACUGAUCUUGCUCUCAGCUCCAAACACAAUAAAUACUCUGUGCUAUGUUCAGUCCGUACCUGGUGCACUCAGUUUUGCAAAGUGGAAGUAUCUUAUUAAUGUGCUGGUAACUGUCUCGAUUAAGUCAUUCGGACCUCACCUGGAUCUGGAUGUAGUACGCUGAAAAUCUCCAGGUAGAGCAUUACUCAGCACUGUUGGCCAAUUUUGUACUGGACAAUUUUUACAUUUAUCAAGCCAAUUAAUCAAGCAAUCAACCUACAAACCUGUACGUUUUUGGAGUGUGGGAGGAAUCCGAAGAUCUCGGAGAAAACCCACACAGAUCAUGGGGAGAACGUACAAACUCCAUACAGACAGCACCCAUAGUCGGGAUGGAACUCGGGUCUCUGCUGCUGCAUUUUGCUGUAAGGCAGCAACUCUAUCACUGCGCCACCGUGACCGCCCAUAGACUUAUCAUAGACAUUCCCUUUGCUCUACACAUCUCUACCCCACCUUCUCUCAAUGUAAACUAACCUGCAUCCCUUUCUUUGGUAGUUUGGACAAAGUGUUAUCUGUUUGUCUGUCUGACUUGCGGUGUUUUUCCAGCAUUUUCUGUUUUUGUUUCAGUUCCAGCAUCUUCAGUUUGCUUGAAUUCCAUAUAUCUUAACAAAGAUUGUCUUGCUGGUAAAUGAAUAGAUUUGCGAGGAUCAAACUGUACCCAAUGUUGGUUUAAUGAGGUCUAGUCAUCCCAUGCAUUUAACUAGAUUUUCAAUCUCGCUUAUUUGGCCCCAUUUAGAAUCUGAACUGAUGAGAUUUGAACAGUUCGUUCAACUCAACAUCCACAUUUGCUCUGUCUGAAGAAGGGUCCCGACCUGUAACGUCACCUAUCCAUGCUCUCCGGAGAUGCUGCCAGACUUGCAGAGUUACUCCAGCAUUUUGUGUCUUUCUUUUGUAAACCAGCAUCUGCAGUUCCUUGUUUCAAGAGGUAGAGAUGGAGGAACAGAUAGAGGAAUUGAGGGACGGAGAGAGAUAAUGCGAGAGAGGGAGAGGUAGAGAGGUCGGAGCUGGCACAGUGGCGCAUCGGUGGAGUUGCUGCCUUCCAGUGCGAGAGUCCCGGGUUCGAUCCUGACUAUGGGUACAGUCUAUAUGUACGUUUUCCCUGUGACCACGUGGGUUUUCUCCAGGUCCUCCGGCUUCUUCCCACAUUCAAAAACGUGCAGAUCUUCAGGUUAAUUGGCCUCUGUAAAUUGUCCCUGGUGUGCAGGAUAGAACUAGUGUACAGGGUGAUUGCUGGUCGGUGCGGACUCGGUGAGCCGUAGGGGCCUGUUUCCACACUGUAUCUCUAAACUGAUCUAAAAGGAAAAAGAGAGAGAUAGAGGGGGGUGAGAGAGAGGGAGAAAGAGGGAGAGAGGUUUUGGUGUAAAGUACUUUUCUCUGCAAAUGUAAAGGAUUUCUGAUCCAGUGAUCCCUUGAGUGCUUUGGAGAUUAACAAGCUUUAAGCUGAGUGUUUGGAUUGGUGCCUGGAGAAAGGAUUGUAGUCGGAGCCUGUCUGAUGCCAGCUUCCACUUCAAUCUCCUUGAUUUAUUGCUGCUAACAGUGUGCUCUAUCUUAAUACCCAUUUUAAUAUUUUUAAACGUUGAGUUUUAUGGAAAGUCUAUGAAGCCACAGUUUUACCGUCCACUCUGUAUGUUCUGUGUAAAGUGGAUAAGAUGCCAGAAGGUAUUUAUUUUGUAUUAUAACAAUGUAUGAACAUUAAAAACCUUAGCGGGUCAGAUAGCAUCUCUGGAGAGAAGAAAUGGGUGACGUUUCGGGUCAAGACCCUUCUUCAUUUCAACUCGAAAUGUCACCCAUCCUUUUUCUCCAGAGAUGCUGUCUGACCCGCUGAGUUACUCCAGCGCUUUGUGUCUAUCUUUAGUACACAGACAGUCACGGAGACAACAUGCAAACUCCACGCAGAUUGAACCUGGGUAAUUGGAGAUGUGAAGAGCGCUGUUUUUUUCUUUACACUAAGGUUGAGAAGCUUUAGGCAGAGUCUUUGUAUUAGUGCCCAGGGGAAGGAUUUCUCCAAAGCAGUGAGAUUGAGACGACCACCCCUCCCAUCACACAUUGUCCCUGAUUGAUGAUGGCUAUGUGUUCCUCUUUAAUCUCAUCUUUAAUAUCGUUAAGCACUUGGAGCUUUUAGAAACUGCCAUCUGGCUGCAACACUUUGAAUUGGCUUCAUGUGAAAUCUCUAUAUUUAUGAAACCUUCCGAUAUAAUGUUAUAUG